CCCGUCUAGUGGACUAAAUCCUCUACAUAUUGACAAACUUACUGGACUACUCCCUUAAAAAUACUAUUGUGGACCAUUUGCAGAAAUUUGGGGACGAGUAGAUAACUAGCCCUUGGAUUACUGGACAUGUCAGUGGAGCGAGAGGAUCAAUCGGACUUCAUUUGGACAAUUCUCAUCACUAUAUGCCAAAUUGCGGAUAGAUACGUGAUGAGUAUACUAUUCAAGGCAGAGUGAAUAAAGAAAGCAGUCAUAGAAGGUGUUACAGAGCUGAUGUUGCAUCAGCAUGUCUUCCAUUUCUACCAGACAGCCGUACAGCGCAGUGAAUGACAUUCAAAAUAGGUGCAUUUGUUUGUACAAAAUGGAUAAUCAUAAUGAUGGAGCCAUUCCUACCGUCAGUGUACUAAAAUUUAGAGGUACCUUGGCAUUACUAUUCGUUAUUGAUAAAAAUGCACUUCUAAUGAAGGUAUGGAGAUAGCAAGCAUGUCGUUUAAUCCAGCACAUUAAAAGGUAUAGAACAUGUGAGGCGAUUUAUCAGAGGUUGUUUGCAAAUGUGAACAACAUAUCACGCUUACUUGGAGUAUUACUCCACAUGGGACUCGUUCGGAGAAGUAACCUUGCAGUUAUGUAGCUAAUUCCGUACAUUACUAUAUGCAAUAUCCAUAUUAUGGACUCCUUUUGCUAUUAAACCCUCUGCAAUACAUUAAUCAGCAGAGCAAUAUAAUGUAAAGUACGACAUCAAAUGUAUAUCAAAGAA